AUGAUGAAGCCUCAACACGACGCUACCUUCUCACGCAUGAACAAAAUCGAUGGCUGGGGAUCUUUGGAGGCCGAGGGAAAAAUAUUCAUAAUGAUAAAGCCUCAACACGACGCUACCUUCUCACGCAUGAACAAAAUCGAUGGCUGGGGAUCUUUCGAGGCCGAGGGAAAAAUAUUAAUAAUGAUUAAGCCUCAACACGACGCUUCUCCCUCAAUCGCCCCCAAAAUCGAUGGCUGGGGAUCUUUGGAGGCCGAGGGAAAAAUAUUCAUAACGAUAAAGCCUCAACACGACGCUACCUUCUCACGCAUGAACAAAAUCGAUGGCUGGGGAUCUUUCGAGGCCGAGGGAAAAAUAUUCAUAAUGAUGAAGCCUCAACACGACGCUACCUUCUCAACGCCUGACCAAAAUCGAUGGCUGGGGAUCUUUGGAGGCCGAGGGAAAAAUAUUCAUAAUGAUGAAGCCUCAACACGACGCUACCUUCUCAAUCGCAUGAACAAAAUCGAUGGCUGGGGAUCUUUGGAGGCCGAGGGAAAAAUAUUCAUAAUGAUGAAGCCUCAACACGACGCUACCUUCUCACGCAUGAACAAAAUCGAUGGCUGGGGAUCUUUGGAGGCCGAGGGAAAAAUAUUAAUAAUGAUGAAGCCUCAACACGACGCUACCUUCUCACGCAUGAACAAAAUCGAUGUCUGGGGAUCUUUGGAGGCCGAGGGAAAAAUAUUAAUAAUGAUGAAGCCUCAACACGACGCUACCUUCUCACGCAUGAACAAAAUCGAUGGCUGGGGAUCUUUGGAGGCCGAGGGAAAAAUAUUCAUAAUGAUGAAGCCUCAACACGACGCUACCUUCUCACGCAUGAACAAAAUCGAUGGCUGGGGAUCUUUGGAGGCCGAGGGAAAAAUAUUCAUAAUGAUGAAGCCUCAACACGACGCUACCUUCUCAUCGCAUGAACAAAAUCGAUGGCUGGGGAUCUUUGGAGGCCGAGGGAAAAAUAUUCAUAAUGAUGAAGCCUCAACACGACGCUACCUCCUCAAUCGCCCAUGA